ACGAUUUUGUCAUUUUAAUGAAUAACAAUCGAUUUUUACAAACGGGUAAAACGGAAACGCGUACCUUUAUAACGUCGUACAAACGGACCACAGAUACAUCACACCGCUGCAAUAAGCGUCGCGCGUAUAUCGGUACGUACGGCGAAGAGUCGAUUUUCUACUGGAUUUUCCAGGGUUGCAGGCCUCAAGCUUUUCAGACCACGUCGUACGCGCUGCCAGUCACGUGGGACAGCGGCGCAUUCUAUUGGAUCGCGUUCGCGGGCUCAAGGAAACGAGCUUUGAAAGUUACAAUGGUCAAAAUAGUGAGCCACAACUUUUGAUGGAUGCCCAUUGCUUUUUAUUUUACUAUGCUUAU